AGGAUCUCGCGAGAUCGGGAGCCAUUUCCGGUCUGGUCGUGGUCGUGGCCCGUUCUGCGCCUGCGCAUCAGCUCCGGCGGCUCGCGCUGUGGGGGGGGUGGGCGAAAGGAACCAAAGGCGCCGCUGCGUUUAGAAGGUUUUCUCCGGAGAGGAAGAGACUCUGGCUCGGGACUCUACAGAGUGAGGCCGUGUGAGGCAGAGAGAAGGAGGAGCGGGUACGGAACCUGGGGUGAACUGGAUCUAUCCCCUCCCGCCCCUUUUCGGUUAUUUUUUUGUGUGUCACCCCGGCAGCGGUUCGCGGAUAAUAUCCAAUUGGACUGCGGCCGGAGCGUUGAGUGACAGCCCACCUGACCAAUCAGCCGCAGAACCUGGAAUGAGUGACAUCUACGCCAGACAAUCAACAGCGGAGUGCCGGGCGAGCGACGGCCAAACUAUAGCCAAUCAGCGGCGAUCGAAGACAGAUUGACAGUCGGACUGGCAAAUCAACAGCGGGGUCGGGCCUGAGUGGAGGCCUGCCCCCUCCCAGUGCGGACGGCAGCCGUUUGCGAAUUGGUUAUGAGUCUGCGACCAAUCAGUGAACGGAGUGAGAUGAGCAAGGCCUGAGGCUCCCUGUGAGUCUGAGACAAUCCCUGAUCCCCCUACCCCCAACACACAGUUCACCCCGAUGGAAUUCCCAGACCACGGUCGUGUGCUGCUGCAGAGCCUGCGGGACCAGAGGCACCAGGGUUUUCUGUGUGAUUGCACAGUGCUGGUGGGGGCAGUGCAGUUCCAGGCCCACCGAGCUGUGCUGGCCUCCUUUAGCACCUACUUCCACAUGUUCUACAAGGAGGAGGCGGCGGCAGUGACAGCAGGCCGCCGGGACGUGGUCGGCCUGGAUGACGAGAUAGUCACGGCACCGGCCUUCUCGUUGCUGCUCGAGUUCAUGUACGAGGGCCGGCUCCGCUUCAGCGGCGCUCCCACCGAAGACGUCCUGGCUGCCGCCAGCUUCUUGCACAUGAACGACAUCGUCAAGGUGUGCAAGGGCCGCCUGAAGGCCCGGGCCCUGGCUGAGGCCGACAGCACCCGCAAAGAGGACGAGGCCCAGCAGCAACCGCCACCAGGUGCAGGAGGCGGCCUCGGAACUUUGGGCCUGUCCGCCUCCUACCAGGGGGUUGUGCCUCCUCCUCCAGCACCUCCCCCACAAGCACUGCCUCGGAGGCAGCUCCCACUGCCAACGGAGCUGCCAUAUGCCUCAGGGCGCCCGGAGGGUGAGCAGAACGGGGCUGGGGCCUCCCUCCUGCUGUUGCAGCCUGAGGCCCCGGCUUCAGGCCCUGGCCGCUGGCCACCCGAGCCAGCAGACACUACCACCAGCCAGGCUGGCAUGGAAACGGAGGCCUACCCCAGCAGGCCAGCUGGCAAUGUCCUGGCUAGCCCCUCGUCCUCGACGGCUGAGGCCUCGGGCCCUCGCUGGGCCGGGGUGUCGGGCGAGAGGAGUGGCCGGAGGAGGAAGCCCCACGAGGAGGAGGACGAGGAGGCAGCCAGGGACGGAGACACGGAGGAGGACGGCGAUCUGAUCACUGUCAAGGUGGAGGAUGACCUGUUCUCGGAGGAGGAGGGCGGUGAGGAGCCACCCGAAGGCGAGGCUGAGGAGGUGGAGACAGCAGCCUCCUGUUGCCCUCAGCUUGAUGAGCUCUUUCAGCAGCCGUCCCGAGGCUGCCCACCCACAGAGUUAGCCCAACCCCAGGCCCCAGCCUUGGCCUGCAGUGGAGGGGGCGGGGGCCACAUUGUGAUCUCGGAUGAGGAUGAGAUGCCUUCAGAGGACGACGCGUUCCCGGCUCCCAGCCUCUACCACCAGCAGCACCGGGGCCUUCCCGCUCCUGCUCCACAGGCCUCUCCCGGAGACCUGGGAACUCCGGCCGCCCUGGGCCUUUCAGCCAAGCUGUACUUCCAGGACCUGCCGCCUGGGCCUGGAACGGGCCCAGCUGGCUCCGAGGAUGAGCUGCCAACCUGUGGGGCUUGCGGCAAGACUUUCUCCUGCGCCUACAGCCUGAAGCGCCAUGCCCUGGUGCACACCCGAGAGAGACCCCACAGCUGCCGCUUCUGUCUUCGUCGCUACUCUCAGUCCGGGGACCUGUACCGCCAUAUGCGCAAGUACCAUAACGCCCAGGUCUCAUCCUCAUCCCCUGGGCCAGGGCCUGGCCCUGGUCCUGGCCCCGGACCCAGCCCCGGACGACAGGACUCCAACGGGGGCUGGAAGUGGCUGGACAAGCCUCCUUCAGAACAGUGGAAAUGAAAUCCAUCCCCAUUCCCCGACCUCUCCUCCAUCCUCAACUCUUCCCCCCCUCCCCCUGCUUCCAUCCUCAACUGAACUCUUUUCCCCCUUCUUCUAUCCUCAACUCAAUUCUUUCCUCCCCUUUUCCAUCUUCAACUCAACUCUUCUUUCAUCAUCUAUUCUCAACUCUUCCCCCUCUUCUAUCUUCAACUCUUCCCCCCGUUUCCCCCACUCUUCCCUCUCCUGCCUUCUCAACUCUUACCCCACCACCAACUCUUUCUCCGCACUCCCACUUUGUGUCCUGAAGUGACAGUGGACAGUUUUCGAUGCUACAAGAGUUCUAACAUUUGGAGGGGAAAAAAAACACAAAAUUGCAACAAAAAGUCUUUUAAUAUAUACAUAUAUAUAUAUAUAUAUCCACACCAGCCAUCCUGUAAAAUGACUUUAAAUUCGGUCCCAGGAGCAGUUGAGUAAAAGCUGUACAUUUGAGGAAUGGGUCUUUGUUUCCAAUUAAUUUCUUUGUUCGUACUCUCUCUGGGUCAAAUGGGUGAUGAUUUAACAGCAUUUAGUUUGUUACAUAUAUUAAAACAAUCAUCGAUUUGCUCGACGCAAUCACCUCACUGCUGUGUAAUAAUGCUGUUGACCAUUCUUGUGAUGGUAAUUUCUAAAUGUAAAUGUGUCACAGUGUGGAGCACCCGCAGAGCAGGAAGGGGUAGAUGUGUUCACAGGGACAGUUUUGAAGUAGGAGGGAUGUCUUUGUUAGGUCUGUAGGUCCUGUUCAUAGACCCAUUUAGUUUGGUCUCACCGUGCACAGUGACAUGGGAUUUGUUUUACAGUCAAAUAGUUUAGCAGCUUAGGAAAGAGACUCAUCAUUUCUGUGCAGUCAAUAAGCACUUAUCUUGUCUCAUUUUCCAGCAUUUGACCUGUAGCCUUGUUGUUAUUUUCUGAUAAACCUGUUCAGAGAUGUUAUGACACCAAUCUGUGAGUAAGUGGGACUCAUAUUCGGGUCUCCUGUCUCAGUGGUAAGGACAGUGCUGCACAAGAGCCCCCCUCAUGUAGCCUUUUAUGCUAUGAAUAUCCAAGUGAUCAUCUGAAUACUUAGAUGUCUUGAUGUUCCCCAACUGUACCUCCUUUCUCGGCAGUAAGUUCCAGAUACCCAUCACCCUCUGGGUGAAAGAAAAUGCUGCCUUAAAUCCCUUCUAAACCCUCCUGCUCUGUACCUUAAAUCUAUGCCCCCACUAAGAUGGAUCUUUCUCUCCUUAUGCUUCUCAAUUUUAUGCUCCUCAGCCUUCACUGCUCUAAGGAAAACAACUCAUGCCCAUCCUGUCUUCAUUGCUGAAACACCCUAGCCCAGGCAACUCCCUGGAGAUUCUGCACUCCCUCAAGUGUAAUUGCAUCCUUCCUAUAAAACGUAAGAAAUUCGAGCAGGAGUAGGCCAUCUGGCCUUUUGAGCCCACUCCACCAUUCAAUAAGAUCAUGUUUGAUCUUUCUGUGGACUCGGCUCCACUAACCCACCUGCUCACCCUAACCUUUAAUUCUUUUAGUGAGGCAACCAGAACUGAACACAGUAAUCCAGCUGUGGCCUAACUACUGCAAUGUAAUACAAGUAUCCCAUAUGCCUUUGGAAUAUUUAUUUGUUUAUGUUCCUGAUCUUGUAAACAGAGGACAAUGCUACAUUCUGGUAAACUGUGCCAGGGUGAGGACAUUCCCAGUUCUGGAGUUGCUAUUUGCUGAUCCAGUUGGCUUUCCACCCAUUUUUAUUUGGCCUUUGACUUCUCCAUAAGACAUAAGAGCUGAAGUGGGACUAAUUCAGCCCAUUGACUCUUCUCUCUCAUUUAAUGAGAUCAUGGCUGAUCUGAUCAUCUUCAACUCCUUCCCCAUAACUCUCAAUCUUUUACCAAUUAAAAAUCUGUCUUUCUUAGCAUACUUAGUUACCAAACCUCAAACCUCUACAGUUAAGAAUUCCACUGUCACUAGCCUCCAAGAAGAAAUUCCUCCUCAUCUCUGUCUUAAAAUAGGUGACCUCCUUACUCUGAUGUGGAGGUGACUGUCAGACAAAAUCAGAAGUCACAUGAUUCCAGGUUAUAGUCCAACAGGUUUAUUUGGAAUCACAAGCUUUCGGAGUGCUGCUUCUUCGUGAGGUGAAGUCAGAGAUUAUAUCUUCUGGUUCAAGUCCCUUAAGAAUCAUACAAUCCCAACAGUAUGGAAACAGGCCAUUUUGCCCCAUUGAGCCCACAACAACCCUGCAAAAAGCAUUCCACCCAGACUUACUCCCCUACCCUAUUUCUGUAAUCCUGCAUUUCCCAUAGCUAGCCUGCACAUUUGUGGACACCACGGGCAGGUUAGUACAGCCAAUCCAUCUAACAUGCACAUCUUUGGACUGUGGGAGAGAACUGGAGCAAGCCCUUGCAGACAUGGGGAAGAGUGUGCAAACCCUAGACAGUUGCCCCAGGAUGGAAUCAAACCUAGGUCCCUGGCGCUGUGAGGCACCGUGCUGCCCUUAAAAUAGGGGCCAUCUGAAUAUGAACCAGGGGACCUCUUGAUCUGCAGUCAAAUGUUUUAUCAUUGAGUUGUACCCCCAAGACUGUAGUAUGUUUCAAUAAAGUUGCCUUUCAUUCUUGUAUAUUCCAA